UUUGAAUGAACCAUUUGAAUGAAUUUUAUGUUUGUUUCUCCAUUUAGAUGAAUCAUUCAAAUGAGUUUAAUAACCAAAUUACAUAUAUACCCAUGUUUUGAUUUAAUCAUAUAUUUGAUAUCAAUUUUAACUACAGAAAAUUUUAUUAUUCAUUCUAAAAUAUAUUUACACUGAAAUUAUUUUAAAAUUAGCAUUUUGACAUUUAUAAAUUUUUAUUUCAUAUAAAUUUCAUAUAACUUUAUUUAUAAAAUAGACUCAAAUUUUAAUAAUUUUUUAAUAAACUUUCAAACAACUCUAAGUAGAUAUUCAAAUUUUAAUAAACUUUCAAACAGUUCAAAGUAAAUAUUCAAAUAAAGUAGAUAUUCAAAUGCCAACAAUAAUGUUUAUAAAACUGAAAUUUAAAAAAUGUCUAGUAUGGAAGUCUAGUUCCUCUUGCCAUCUCCAUAGUAAUACAUGACAAAUUCAAAUGGGAAAUCAAUACAUAACAUAAACAGAAGCAAACCCAUAAACGAAUUCAAACAUAUAAGCAUAGAUCUAUGAAGAAGAAGAUCAAACCGGUGAGAGAGACGACGAGAGAGACGGCGAGAGAGACGGCGAGAGAGACGGCGAGAGAGACGGCGAGAGAGAGAGGACGAGAGAGAGAGAGAGACGGCGAGAGAGAGAGAGACGGCGAGAGAGAGAGAGACGGCGAGAGAGAGAGCGACGGUGAGGUGAGAGCUUCAAGCUCCUUUCAUGGUGGCUAGAGAGAGAGGACGAGAGAGAGGACGAGAGAGAGAGAGACGGCGAGAGGGUGAGAGAGAGAGAGAGAGAGAGAGAGAGAGAGAGAGAGAGAGAGAGAGAGAGCUUCAAGCUCCUUUCAUGGUGGCUAGAGAGAAAUUGAGAUUUGAGUUUAUUGCAGAGAGAAAGCUACGACGAAAAAAAAAAUGAAAUUAGGUUUGUAAUAUUUGAGUUUUCUCAAGGGCAAAAUCGACAUUUAGAUAUUUCGACUGAAUCAUCUCCAUCUAACUGCUUCGUUUCGGUUCAUUCAACUGAACCAUCUCCAUCCAACCUAAUUUUCGAAAAUCAUUCAACUGAUCCAUUCGAAUGAGUGAUGUUUUUUGUGUCCAAACGAACAACGCGCUCAGCUUCAGCCAAAUGAUUCAGUUGAAUGAAGAAACGAACAUGGCCAAAAGCUAAAACUUUAAACUGAACCUGAUAGAACAGUACUAUGUUGCUGAUAUUUGAUGGUCCCAAACUUGUUACCAAUGUAUCAGCAACAUGUACUAUGUUCUGAUAUUCGAUGGUCCCAACCUUGUUACCAAUGUAUCUUAAUUUCUUUAGAGAUCAAAAUUCAGUAAUAAUAGUACUGCUGAUGUUUAUCAAAAUACUUUUAUGUUAAAACUUUCCAUCAUUUGUGAAAUGUAUUAUAUCUAUUUGUAUAUAAUUUAGUUUAGGAAACUUAUGAUUUUGUUAAGAAAAUAACCUCUAUAUAAGUUGAUCAAUCGUCUUGUUCUUUAGUUUCAUGGACUAAUUAAAGUACCAGACCCACAAAGAUAUCAAAAAGAAAAAAGUUCACGUACAAACUGAAAACUCUGUUGCAGUUUAGUAGCCUUGGAUGAACGUAGCCAAAUCUACAACCGUUGAUAUAUGAAGUUCUGUUGUAAAACUUAACCGUUUUCUAAAAAUAAACGCUGUAAGCGGGAAAGUCAGAGUCUGCCGUCGUUAGCCCUAACUUAAGUCCCAAGUUAGCAAAUUUUCUACCUGUUCCACAUUUGUCUUUCUCCUUUCUCUGUUCUCCUUUGUCCCCUGAUAUACCAAAACCAAUUCAAAGCCCUAAACAAAUUUCUCCGACCACAUGGAAUCUCGAGGUUCUUCUGAUCAAGACAAUGAACAUAUCGUCCAAGUUAGACAAGCUCUGAUGUUUCCCGACGGAGGAAAAUUCGAAGGUCUCCGAACGGCACGUUUCUUGAAUCACACAACAACCUCCAUAGACGACGACGUUUUCGAGCUUCCUCUCGACGCCUUCCUGACGUCAGAACCAGAGAAACUCUCCUUCUCCGGAUGGGGCUCUCCCUCGGUGAAUUGGAUAGAGUGGGUGAACACCAUGGCCGAGUCCAACGCCACGAUGUGGCGUAGAUCAGGAGUCUACGACGCGAUCAUGGCGUCGCGGUACCAGAUAACGAAGCAAGACGAUCUGAUGACGGCGUUGGUGGAGAAAUGGUGCAUAGAGACUAACUCCUUCGUGUUCCCUUGGGGAGAAGCGACGGUGACGUUGGAGGAUAUGAUCGUUCUCGGCGGGUUCUCGGCUAUAGGGAACAACGUGUUGGCUUCGGUGAAACGAGACUCGAUGAAGUCGGUUGAGGAGAAGCUGAAGAGAGCGAAACGUGAGAUCGAUGCGAGUUCGAUGAAGAGGUGUUGCGUUGGUUUGUGGAUGAUGGAGAUGAUGAACUCUGGGAAUGAGAUUGAGCAUGAGGCGUUCUUGGUUUCUUGGCUUUCACGUUUCGUCUUCCCUAAUUCAGGUGAUCUCGUGAGGGAGAAGCUCUUUGCAGCUGCGGUUCAGCUCGCUAGAGGUGUUAGGCUUGCGCUUGCUCCUGCGGUUCUUGCCGGGAUCUACAGCAGUCUUGGAGUUUUGAAGAAACAGCUCGUUGGUGGCUCCGGAGAGGAAGAAACGGUGGUCACUGCUACAUCCCCGUUUCAGUUUGUGCAAGUGUGGGCUUGGGAGAGGUUCAUGGACGUGCGGCCACCUGGCCAGCCUAGCCAGCUAAAGCCUCACGAGCCAAGAAUGGCUCUAUGGCACCAUCACGGCGGUGGUCAAGAGGCAAACCAGAGUCUCAAAAGUAUCCGAACCGUUCUUGAUUCCGCUAAAGAGAGUUUCCAUCACCGUCCGUACACAAAACCUUUGAAGAACUUUAAGUCUCCUAAGUUCUACUUAGAAGAUGACUGUUGGGUGUCUUUGGAGGAUGAAGACAUUGUAGCGUUUGGUCGGUGUUUGAGAUGCUCUAAGCUGGUGGGUUUGAACUGCAUUGAGCCUUAUUAUCCUCACCGUGUGGCGUUGCAGUUUGGUUAUGAUCAAGAUGUUCCUGGAGUAGUCCCCGUGGUGCUGACGGAGUCGCCGGAGCUGGCUUGGAAGGAUUAUAUAAGGCCGAUUACAGAUGAAAUGAUUUACAUUCCGUCUAGGCUCCGGCGAGCUGAUGUUACGGUAAAGUAUAUAAGAUGGUGGAAACAGUCUGUUACUACUCUACAGGCCAUGGCUAAGAGAAGUACACAUAAGGUUCUGAAAGAGAAACCCACAGAGACGACAACUUCAACAACAACAAUGGUUAAAUCUUCUCCUCCAAGAACCUCUAAAACAGUAGGAUCAAAAGCAGAGUUGAAGGGAGGGAGUUUAAAGACGGUGAGUGAUAAAAGCAGCUCUGCAAAGAGUCUCACAGGUUCGGAGAAAGCGAAGCCUUUGAAGAAGGUUGAAUUGGUCAAGAAGCCAUUGUCUAAGUUGACAAAGACUCCAAGAAGAUCAGUGGAUGAAGCCAAAGAACGUAAAGGAGGACCAGGACCAAGGGUCUCGCAGGAGAUAAAGGCUCAUAGCCAUGUGAAUAUUCUACUUCCCGGUUCAGCUGCUAGCUCACCAAAGACUCAACAGUCACUCUCUCAAAAGCAAACCUCUAAAAGUUCUCAUGUAAUAAGACCAAAAGCAUUACCUGUUAAGUCACCAAGACCACAAGCUUCAAAAGGACCAAAGGGUUCAUCAUCUUCUUCUGUUUCUCCUUCUUUAACAAGCAAAAAGUCAUCCCCAAAAGCUAUUACCUCGCAUCAGAGUUCAAUAUCUAAAGCCCCACCUGCUCUUAAGAAGAGAAAUGCUGCUGAUCAACGAAUCAAAGCUCAUACCAAACAAGAAACUCGACUCAGCAGCAAAGGAGGAGACGAAGCGUUGAUGAACACAUUGAAGGCUAUGAGCGAGAUAAUGAAGUUAGAGGAACACGUAGGUGAAGGGGGUGAAGUGAUGUAUCAAAUACCAAAACAACAAUUCGAAGUUUUGAGCCAAGGAGUUCAAGAUGUUCUUCAUGAAUUGCAGUCUAUUAAGUCCGCAAUGAACAUCGAAAAAUCAUCAUAAGAGUUUUAUCCAACAACAUGAUUGAUGAUCCAUAUGAUUUAGAUCUUAGUCCCUUUCUUGUAAUUGUUUUUUCUUACCUCAUUGAUCAGAAUCUUCACAUCUUUUAAGAGAAACCAAAAAUGGUCUACACACCAUCCUCUUUUGCUUACUAUCCUGCAUGAUAAGUAGAAACAAAAGAAAAGAAGAAGCACCUCUAUGUUUACUAAGUGGCAGCAACCAAAUCAGGAGGAACAGAAG